AUGGGUAUUCAAAAACAGGAAGUUUGUUUAAAAAAAUUACAAAAACUAAUACCUAAAAAUAAGGAACUUGCCCAAGAAUUUAAUGUUUUAGAAGGAAUAAUAUGUGAUAUUUUAAAAGAAAGUGAAAAAUGGUUAGCUUUAAAACUGGAAUCUUAUGAAGCUUCACUUAAAAAUCAAAUUAAACUAAAUUUUUCACAAGUUGAAGAAGCUUUAAAGCUUUUGGAGGCAGCAAGUACUUCUUUAGAAGAUUUAGAUGAUAUACGUAAAAAUCUUCAAAAUAUUCAUAUAGAUUAUUCACCUAAUAACAUAUUUAAUGUGAAUGAAACUGAACUUUAUUGGAAAAUGAAGCCAAAUUUUGCAAGUCAAAAACAAUCUAAAGAACAUGUUACUGUAGCAUUGUGUUGUAAUGCUUCAGGAACUGGAAAGAUCAAGGAAGUUUUUAUUAGAAAAAGUCAAAAUUCACGUGUUUUAAAACAUAUUUCAAAAUCAUCACUACCUAUACAAUAUUAUUAG